UCUGAUGGAUCUUUGUAGAAGAUUAUUCCAGAAAUUUCAUCUACUGAAUAGACAUCGUCUUAAUUUGGUCCCAUAUUUGCUCAUCGGUGGAGGUACGGCUAGUUACUACGCAUCUUUAACUAUCAGGGCAAGGGAUCCGGAUGCACGUGUUUUGAUUGUUAGUGAUGAAGAAGAGAGUCCUUACCGACAACUAUGGUGGUAUGGUGACGAGAAAACUCCCGCAAGUCUUUCGUUCCAAAGUCCGAGUAGUGAUAAACGUCGACACGUCUGUUACGAGGCCGAUGGUUUCUAUUUACUGCCCGAAGAUCUCGACAAAUGGGAACAUGGAGGAGUUGCUCUUAUGACUGGAACCAAAGUAGAAAAGGUCGAUGCAGAAAAUAAUUUUGUUCAGCUGCAGGAUGGGCGGAAGAUUGAAUAUGGAAAGUGUCUUAUUGCAACUGGUAGUAUUCCGCAUCAUAAAAGUAUUCUGGAAGAAAAUGCAGAACUUAAAACAAAUAUUUCAGUUAUCUAUGACAUUGAAGAUUAUCGAAGAUUACAUUGUAAAUUGGAAGUAUUGGCAAACUCAUUAGAUGAUGAAGCGUCGACUAGUGAAUCGUUCAAAAAUAUUGUUAUAUUGGGUGGUGAUAUUCUUGCCACGGAGUUGGCUUACUCACUUAAUAGGCGUUAUGCUCGCGGAAAGCAAUCAAAGUUAAGAAUAUUUCUGUUGGUUAAUGAACUAGGCGUUCUUGAUGAUAUUUUACCUGGCUCGUUGAGUGAUUAUUGUACUCAAACUCUUCAAUCACAAGGAGUGAACGUCUUACUGAACACAAAAAUUGAUGCAUUCUCAGCAGUUUCUGACAAAUAUGGCAACCGAGUUCGUCUAAAAAUCUCCCAAGAAAGUGAAAACUCUCCAUCGAAUUCGUCCAAUAGUUUAGAUGAACUGUUGUGCGAUCAUUUAAUUCUUGCUUCUGGUGCAAUGCCGGCAAUUGAGUUGGCAAAAAAUUCUAGACUUGACUUGGAUAGUGAUCUGGGUGGAAUAAUCGCUGACGAAUUUAUGCAUGUUAAAGGAAAUGUUUGGGCUGCUGGUGAUAUUUGUUCAUUCUUUGAUAGAAUAUUGGGCUACAGAAGGCGUUGUACUCAUUGGCUUCAUGCUCAAAUUACAGGACGAAUUGCGGGUGAAAAUAUGACUUCAGGAAAUAAAACGUACAUUCAUCAGGCAGGUUUUUUCUUUUUAUUACAAGGAUAUUUAUAA